AUGAAAACUUCUCAAAUUUGGAUUAUACUAAUUUACAGUUUACUGAUAUGGUCCAUAGGAGCGGAUAAUCAUGCCUGGAUACUUUACUCGAAAGAUUCAACCGAUAUUGAAUGUUUCAUGAGUGGAUCUCGUCGUUAUUGUCGUUCAAUCAUAGUAAAUGAUACGAUGAAAUCAUGCCAGGAUGGUGAUCCAUGGACUUUCGACAAGCUCAAGAAUCUGAACGUGACAAGUGAAAAUUUAAUCGAUUGGUUAAUUCCUUUUCAUCUAAUCGAACAAUAUACUGUUUAUUUGAAUUAUGAUGAAAACAGCCAUGCACCUGAAGCAAUUAUUUGCAAUUGUAGUCAGAAUCGAAUUGGCAGAAAAUGUGAAUAUAGUUUCAAUAUUCAAGCAGAGAACCCCGCUGAUUUGGUAAUUAGACAAAUAACUGAGAGUAAUAGAAAUAAUUAUGAAACACUCACUCGAUUUGUAGAUGAAAUCACAUGCGAAGGCGCAGAUAUAUUUCUUGAGUGGCGACAUGAAACGCACAGACACGCGCAGGUCUGGUUACUGACGUCAAAGAUCGAUGUAAAUGGUGGUGGAUUUUAUAUGGAUUGA